GUGGCGAGCGCGGCGAGCAUGCGAGAUUGAUUCUCACUCCUCCACUCUUCUCGAUCCUCUCUGCAUGGAUUGAAAAUCUCUCUCUCCGAUCGCCGCGGCUCUCAUCUCCGCGAGAAAUAUUUCGGCCGGGAUCGCGGGUCUUUUUCUUGCUCGAUCUCGGAAUCCCGGGCGGCGGCGAUGGCUUCCCAGGUCGCUGUGAAGAACGCGCUGGUGAAAGGCGCGCUGGUGGAAUGGGAGCGCGGCAAUAGCAAAUGGGGGCUGUGGGAACAGCUCCGGUUCAUGGCGAUGAUCGUGCUGUGGGUUGCGGCAUGGAUCGCGAGGGCGCUGCUUGUCUUCUUGCCGCAGCAUUUGCCGACAGCAGGGAUUCUUGGCGUGAUCGAUAGCGUGAGCAAGACAACGGGCAGUAUUUUUCCUGUUUCGGCCGAGGACGAGGAUGGAUCGAAUCGGCGGACUGUGUGGUCCGGCCAGGCAGGCGGCCUGGCCAAGUGUGCCAUCGGCCGCGCGCUCUCCCAGGUCCUAGAGCUUGUCAACGACAUACCAGCAUCGUCCCGGAAGUAUGAAUUCGCUCGAUCACUCGCAGAUAAAAUGAUGUACGACAACGUCGAGCAAGGUGGCCAGUCUCUGCGCGAAGUGAACAGGAUGGCUCUCGAGACCGGCUUCUUGCGAACAGUCUACAUGCUGGCGAGUUCUCUCGAGGGCUUGCACAGGCAGCAGCAGGUCGAGGCGUGGGGAUGGCCGUGGAAGAUGAUCAAAGGACUGCCCAUGGGUGCGGCUUCGCUCUCGUGCCAGUUUGUGCCGGUGCUCGCGACUCUGCGGAACAGGAUUGGCAGCGUGAUGCAGUCGCAGUGCAUGCAGAUGAUGGCUCCUCCGCCGUGUCCAAGCGCGGAAGACAGCGAGAUGGCGGAGAAGCUUGCGCAGGAGCUGCUGUGGAUGUCGCAGAGGCUGAAAGAGAACAACGGUUUGGAAGUGGCCAUCUUGCACUGGAGCUCGGCGGCGGGGCUCGCUGGGCAGUCGGUUUGUGCCAAUCUCAGAGUUCAAAGGCUGCUUGUCAAGCUCUCAGCUUUCUUGUGCUCGGGACUGAUCGCCUCCGAAGUGGAGCCACCGUCGGAAGUAACACUCAAGCUGCUACUCCUGUGGCUGCCACUCUUUUGCCGCUCCACGCACGGAAUCGACGCCACCAUGUUCACCUCCGCCGAGAAGCACGAAGCCGAGCGAGUGCUGGAGCGGACCAUCAAGCUCCUCCCCGACGCUCAGCAAGAGCUCGUCCUGGCUCUCUGGCUCAACGAGUUCGUCCACUCCUCCUCGAACUGGCCCAACCUGGAAGGCUGCUACGACGCUUGGUGCUACGCCACUCGCAAGCUCAACUAUGCUCCAAUCGAGGAUGGCUAUGACGACGAUCAAGGUGGUCUCAUCAUCGAGGAGGAGGACGCUGCUAGCGAUCGAGACAACAAGAUCAAAGCUAUCAAAGCCAUCGACAGCAGCGCCGCGAAGGUCGAUUGAAAAUGGAAGAAAACUAUAGAUUGAUUAAAGGAGAGGAAAUAGUUUAGUUUGUGCAUUAAGAAAGCUUUGUUAAUAAAUAAGCAAGUUAUAGAUA